CGGGCGGUGCGUAUCGUGGUGCUGACUGGGCUUUGGUUUAUUCUUUUAGCGUUAGACCAAGUUGGGUGGGACGUUAUCGUCAGCUUGCAGGCGGGGUGGUCGUGAGUGGUGGUGUGAUGUGUGAUCUGCGAUGUGUUCGGCUAGCUGCGUUACUGUCAACCUAAACCUUUAAGACUAAAUUAUUUGAAUGAGGGCCUCGCCGAGACGAUAAAGUCAUUCACUGAUCGAAACGUCACGACACUGGGUAAAUUUAACUGUCCGUAUCUAGCGAGCCCAUUCGUUGUUGUCUUGGUUGAAUGUCCAGCUAAUAGCUAAUGGCUAUCUAGAUGAUCGGCGAUGUGCAGCACCCAUCACGAUUUUUGUUCUAUUGCUUGAAGAGCGAUAAGAAAACAGUCGAACUUGUUUUCAACCGUUUCCUUGUAACAGCUGGUCCGCUGUAAUCUGCAGACAUGGCAAAGCGCAGGAUAACGCAGGACACCUUUGACGCUGUCGUCAGGGAGAACAUCGAGGAGUUUGACAUGGAUGACGGUGAAGCGUUAAGGGAAGCGAUUGAGCAGUUUGAGUCGCAGGGUGUGGACCUCAGUAACAUUGUAAAGGCAGUGCCCAAAGCUUCUUCUGAAGAGACCACAGAUGAACAGACCCACAAAGUCCUUCAGGCUCUGGAGUCUCUCAGAGGUGAGUUAGGCUCCUCCCUGGCAUCCUUGGGGGAGGGGCUAAAGCUCUUCACAGAACAGUGCUCCCUCGGCUUCGCUCAGCGCUACCUGGCCGCGCAGAAGGAUGCCUAUCCCACGAUCCUCUCCUGCUGCCAGCGCGCGGGCGUCAACAAGGAAGCUCUCUCUGCAGCGCUGGCUGCCAUGUCGAUGCUCACGGACGGUCAGCCCGAUCUCCUAGAUGCCGAAGGCCGCGGAUUCUUGAUCGGCACGUUACGCACCCACCUGGAGGAUCCGGACCUCACCUGCCAGGCCGUUCGGGCCGUGCGCCACGGGUGUCUGAAGCACGAGCAGAACCGGCAGGACCUGGUGAAGGCCGGGGCGUUGGCCCUGCUCACCGGCGCCGUCGCCCGUCACGCCCUGCGGCCUGACGUCGUCAAAGAGGCGUGCGCCACCCUCCGGGUCAUGACCUUCGACGACGACGUGCGUGUGCCUUUCGGCCACGCACACGAGCACGCCAAGAUGAUCGUCCUGGAGCACAACGGGCUGAAGAUAAUCAUCGAUGCUGCUAAGGCCCAUCCUGGCAAUCUGUCCGUCCUGAGUGAGCUGUGCGCUACUCUGUCCCGGUUAGCUGUGAGGAACGAGUUCUGCCAGGACAUCGUGGAUUUGGGAGGGCUGAAGUUCAUGAUGACCCUCCUAGCAGACAGCUUGGACUGCCAGGACCUUGUGAAGCAGGUCCUGAGUGCUUUGCGGGCCAUCGCUGGCAACGAUGAUGUUAAAGACGCCAUUGUGAGCGCAGGCGGGACGGAGCUCAUUGUCAUGGCGAUAAACCGUCACAUGGGGAAUGCACAGGUGUGCGAGCAGGGCUGUGCGGCUCUGUGUGUGCUCGCGCUGCGCAAGCCCAAUAACUGUAAGGUGAUCAUGGAGAGUGGUGGAGCAAUGAGUGCCCUCCAGGCCAUGAAGGCCCAUCAGGCUGAGGUCAGCGUGCAGAAACAGUCCUGUAUGCUGCUAAGGAACCUAGUUGCCCGCACACGCGACUUUAGCCAGCCCAUUCUAGACAUGGGAGCAGAGGCCCUGAUUGGUCAGGCUCUGGCCACUCACAGGGACUGUGGCGACGUGGCGAGGGCUGCCCUCAGGGACCUGGGUUGCCAGGUAGAGCUCAGGGAGCUCUGGACUGGCAAGAAAGGAAGCCUCACUCACUAACAGAGGACUCAGGAGUUGUCUCAUUGGCCAUCUCAUUCACUGUGUAGUGAUGGGGAAGAGAGAGCAUCUAAUUUAAGCAGAACACAAAGACACUGUUAGGAAAAUAAUUCCAGUAAUAUUGUAUUCACCAUUUCCUACAUCAUGUACUCCUUAUGAAUUUCUGUCAUGAAUAUAUUAUGGUGUAAAUAUUUUAGCUGUAUUUAAAAAAUUUUUUUUUUUACAUGUAGUUUAAACUACUUUUCCCAUUUACUGAUGCCAAUGUUUUUCUUGAGAUGAGCUAUGGUUUUAUUAUUUUUCCUGAAAUGUGUUUUUCCUGGACGAAUGGAAUUUGGAUUGCUCUUGGAAUAAGUGUACUUAGUUCAAAAGGUGCUUUUCUCUUGUGUCAAUGUGACACCUGAAUCUGAAACAUUUAUUGUACAGUGUUACUUAACACUCGCUUUCCUUUACAAAAAAAAGCGUUGUCCAUGAGAAGGGUCACAAGCAUUUGCAAUUUGUUACCUAGCGGCCAGUCAAAUACAAAAAAAAAAAAAAAAUUGUUGAAGUUCUCCAAGAUACACUAUGUGCUCGAUAAGUGCACGUGUAAACGAAAACGUUAUUAAACAUAUUUGAAAACAAAUGCAAAAUAUUGCUAGCUCAUGUAAAUCGACAUCGAAUUAAGACAUGCUGGAAUUCCAAUUUCCCGA